AUGAAGCACUUACACUGCCUCUCGUGGGUCGGCCUGUUAGGCUUGGCUGUCCUAACUACCGCAAAAGAUGUCUCUUACGUGACCGAUCUCGAGAUCUUUACCUACUUGGCGCCAUGUGUUUCCAGCGCGAUCUCAUACAAUGUCGGCAUGCAGACGUACUCGACCAUGUGCGGCGACUCGGAGACCGAAUUGCAGAAAUGUAUCUGCUCGACUCGAAUGGACGAAGUUGCCUCAUCGAUAUCGACCGAUAUAGAAUACAGCUGCGGUUCCAGCGCGACGGAAGAUCUGUCAAGUGCGUCUAAGCUGAUGCAGAAGUACUGCAAUCAGGAGGAGCACAUCACUUUUUUCUCGCCAACCAAGAAUAUCGUCGAGGCGUACAUAACAGAUCUUCCUGAGUUGGCGUAUCUUCCGCCUUGCGCGCAGUCGGGAUUAUCCUACGCCGUGGUCAAUAUUGGGUCAUCAAGGUGUCCCGAGGCCGCUGAACUGAAUGCGCCGUGUGUCUGUAACAAGAAAGACGUCGUUCGAGAUAUUACUUCAACACUUAAGAGUGCCGUGAAAUAUUCAUGUUCUAACAACGGAGACGUCACUUCGGCCCAGAACUUCUACAGCGAAUUCUGUCAGAUGAACGACGGCACAACGUCUUUUGCACCACCGAAAGGGCCUCCUGGAGAUACUAUGCCGCAUUUCAAGUCUCUCAAUAAAUGCGCCCAGUCCGGGAUAGCUUCUGCAGUCAUGGAGCAAAGCUCCUGGCUAUGUGGAGAAGGUCCUCAAGAACUGGCUUCAUGCAUCUGCAUAAAAUCAGGGAUGUCAAAGAUCAUAUCUAGCAGUUUGACUGAGCGAGUCAAGGACUACUGCGAUAGUACACACAUUGCCAACGUCACAUCAGCUAUCGAUGUUUUCCGGUAUUAUUGCAGCGCUGCUGAGAGUUUAGUUGUUGCUACCGUCAGCCAGUCCAUCUUCCAAUCGUAUCCGACUGCUAGUUCGGGAGCUGGUUCGGGGACAACAGUUCCAGGAAUGACUGGUUCAGUUGGUGCAACUGCAACUUCUAGUUCUAAUACUGCGAAAGAAUCUGAUCCUGGCCAUGAGGACAAAGAUGAUAGUGAAUCAAAGACGAGUAUCGCGCCGAUUGCUGGAGGAGUUGCAGGAGUUGUCAUAUUAGCCGCUCUUGGCGCCGGACUAUUCCUCUGUAUUCGAAGAAAACGUCAACGUCAAGCCAAAGGCGAAGAACUCUCCAACAAUGCCGACGGUCCUCCAGAAUACAGCGGGCACCCAGAGCUCAUGGGCAAUAGUGCUUAUAUCAAGGGCCACACUGCACCACCAAUUGUUUCCGAACUGUCAUCGACCACUUCUUUCAAACCGGAACUAGGCGGAGGACAAGGCAUUUCAGAACUCCCUCCUAACCAUGCGCCCACAGCUGAGCUUCAAGCUCACCUUGCAAAGUCUAACUGGGGACAUUCACCGGCACAGUCAGAAUAUGUGUCGCCAUCAGGGCCUGUGGAGGCUUAUGAAUUGGAUUCUAAUAUACGGGGUCGGUAG